ACGAUCCGGGGCCUGCGACCCAGCGAGUUAGAGACCCCUCACGCAGAAGUCUGGAGCACCAGCCCGGACUGACCUGUCCAGAGGGAGGGUAAAGCGGAACGGGCACGUGGGAGCCCAGCUGGCCGUCCCGAUACCCGGUGGAAGCACCGAGCAGGCCGAAACUCGUUUGUUUAAACCGUCAUUCUUUUGAAAAGUUAAAUUUUCAACUGCGUCAAAAUAGAUUGACUUUCAUUCGGAUUUAACAGCUCAGUGAAGCAGGCGUUCUUAUCUCCUUCAUGACGUGGAUCAGAAAAGUUAUCUUGCCCUCCGGUUGCAGGUUUAACAAACAAUCUUCAUCUCAGACUCUCAGCUCACCUGGACUGUGCCCCUGGGCUAAGUUGGCAACAUGAAUGGCAACAACGUGGGUGGAAAUGAUGACUUUGAUGAGCAGUUGCAAAUGCAAGAAUUGUACAGGGACACCAAGGACAGAGACACCCAGAAAGAUCCCAGUAGAGAAACUGAUGCUUUUGGGCAGCAACCAUAUGAUACCCCCUAUGAGUGGGACUUGGAGAAGAAGGCUUGGUUCCCCAAGAUCACUGAAGAUUUCAUUGCUACAUAUCAAGCCAAUUAUGGCUUUUCUAAUGAUGGUGCAUAUAGCUCUACUGCAAAUGUACAAGAUGUUAGUGUUAGGCCUGCAGAGAAACCUCCACAAAGAAAAAUCCCUGAACCCACUGACUCCCAAAAGAGGGGAGAAAAGAGAAAGGCUGAAUCAGGAUGGUUUCAUGUUGAAGAAGACAGAAAUACAAAUGUAUAUGUGUCUGGUUUGCCUCCAGAUAUUACAGUAGAUGAAUUUAUACAGCUCAUGUCCAAGUUUGGCAUUAUUAUGAGAGAUUCUCAAACAGAAGAAUUUAAGGUCAAGCUUUACAAAGAUAAUCAAGGAAAUCUUAAAGGAGAUGGGCUUUGCUGUUAUUUGAAGAGGGAAUCUGUGGAUCUUGCACUGAAACUUUUGGAUGAAGAUGAAAUUAGAGGCUACAAAUUACAUGUUGAGGUAGCAAAGUUUCAACUGAAGGGGGAAUACGAUGCCUCUAAGAAGAAGAAGAAGUGUAAGGACUACAAGAAAAAGCUGUUUCUGCAACAAAAACAGUUGGAUUGGAGACCUGAGAGAAGAGAUGGGCCAACCCGAAUGCGCCACGAGCGAGUUGUCAUCAUAAAAAAUAUGUUUCAUCCUACGGAUUUUGAGGAUGACCCAUUGGUGCUGAAUGAGAUCAGAGAAGAUCUUCAAGUAGAGUGUUCAAAGUUUGGACAAAUUAGGAAGCUCCUUCUCUUUGAUAGACACCCAGAUGGUGUGGCUUCUGUGUCCUUCAGGGAUCCAGAGGAAGCUGAUUAUUGUAUCCAAACUCUCAAUGGACGGUGGUUUGGCGGCCGUCAAAUCACUGCCCAAGUGUGGGAUGGAAGUACAGAUUAUCAGGUGGAAGAGUCCACAAGAGAAAGGGAGAAAAGGCUGAAAGGAUGGGAGGCUUUCCUCAAUGCUCCUGAUGCCAAUAAAGGUCUUUGGUGUUCAAAUUCCAUCUGUAUUUCAGAAAGGGCAGAGCCUUCUAGAGCAAGGCAUUUUUUAGAGCACCCUAGCACAUCUAAAAGGAAUGCUCGAAAAGCUGCAACUGAAAUGGAAUUUGAAGAACCUAUAGAUGAAAAGAAGUUUGAAAAAACAGAAGAUGGGGGAGAAUCUGAAGAAGAUGCCAAAGAGAGUGGCCCCCAAAAGGAGGCUGAAGAAGGCUGCCCCAAAAGAGAGUGUGAAGACUACCUUGAAAGAGAGUCUCGACAAGGCAGUCCCAAAAAAGAGUUUGAAGAGAGUAGUCCUAAAAAAGAGUCUAAAGUGAAUUGCCCUGGAAGAGAAUCCAAAAAGAGGCAAUACAAAAAUGAUUUUGAAGAGAAUGCCCUCGAAAAGGAAUCUGUAGAUCAUACCAACAAGGAGUAUGAAGAAGAGAAUGGCCCCCAAAAGGUGUCCGAAGAAGAUGAGUUGGAAAAAGAAUCUGAAGAAGACUGCUCUGAAAAGCUGUUUAAAGAUGGCUGUGAAAAAAAAUUUGAAAAAAAUGACCUCAAAAAAAAGUUUAAUGAGAGCGAGUCUGGCAAGGAGUUUAAUGAAAAUGUUCUUGGAAAAGAGUUAGAAGAAAAUGACUCUGAAAAAUCAGAAUUUGAAAAUGAAAACUCUGAAAAGGUGUUUGAUAAAGGUUCUGAGAGAGAGUUUAAUGAAGAAUCAGAUAAAAAGAAAGGAGAGGAAGAUAAAUAUAAAAAAGUUUGUGAUGAUGAGUCUGAUAAAAAAGAGGAUGAAGAAAAUGCAUGUGAAAGAAGUCUUGAAGAUGCUGAUGUAAAGGAGGAAGAUGAUGCAGAUGAAAAGAUAUUUGAAUAUUCAGAUGAAAAAGAUGAAGUAGAUGCAAAAGAGGAUGAAGAAGCUAAAGAUGUAAACAUGUUCAAAGAUGACAAUUCUAAUGAGAAGUUGUUUGAGAAUUCUGGCAAGAAAGGGACUGUGAAUGGUUUGGGAACAUUUGGGAAGUAGGAGCCUUGCAUAGGUAGCAGAUUUAUUCUCAGUAGCACUGAUGAUGAUGAUGAUGUUUAAUCCCUUAAAUUUGCUUUUGAGAGAAUUUCCUCCAUCUGCAUUUUGCCAAUGCUCCAGAGAAAGUACUAGUAGUGUUACAUGAGCAUGUGCAUAGCGGGAAGAUACCAUCAGAUUAAUGCAUUGAUGUUUCAUUGUUAUGUGUAUUUAGUGAUUUUACUUAAUAGUAUAAUGCAAGUAAACUGGAUACUCGUCCUUUGUCAGAUUAGUAAAAUGCAUGCAGAAUGUUUUUUAAAGUAUUCUGAUUGAAGUUUGUGAUAUUAAAAAAUGAAAAUAAGUUGUUAAUAUGCAAAAGAAAAAGAAACCUAAAUAAAUUGGACAGACCAUCUGCCCCUCAACAGCAUAGCCCAAGGUUGCCAAGUACUAUUCCCUACCACACACUGCUAGUACGGAAUUCUGCCAAGCAAUCUAUUUUCUUUAUCAUUAUAUAAAUAAGCAAUAUAUCAUUUAAAUAAUUUCAGUUUUGGUUUAGGAUUAAAUUUUAAUUGGGAAUACACUGUUACCUGUAGGGGGCAGUCAUAAUAUACCUAAACAUUCAAAAUAGGAGAACCUGCCUGAAAUAGAACACUAAAGAUCUGUGGAUAAACUGCCAUCCACAAAAGGUAAUCCUUUUGCUUGGAUUAGUGUCACUUUCCAGGAAGGUCCCCAGGGGACUGAGAGACCGUUCACCAGUCAGCCAAAUGAAGAGAAAUAGAGUGAACCUUGGGCUGGGGUUGUUAAACUCAGGCUAUAGGACUCAUUUGGAACCAUUAUUGUAAAAACAUGCCCAGGCUUUCCCAAGACAAUCAAGAGUGCCUCCAGAAACAUUUCUCCAGCCCAUCCAUGUGGACGCAAUGUCUGCCUCUGCCUAGGGCUGAGGGAUAUAAUGCAAACAUUCACCAAACCACGAGAAAAGAGAAAAACAAAGCUGUGUGUGAUAUCAAGGGAAGGGAGUGCAAGUAGAAGGCAGGAAACACCCUGGACCAGUCACUCUUCCUAAGUGAUAUACAUGAGAAAAAGAGAAAGCUUUACAGCAUGCUGGCAAGAAGUCAAAUAUCUACCUACAUAUCUAUUGAUCGAUUAAUUGACUGAUAUAGAUAUAUAUGUAUAUGUAUGUGUGCAUUAUUUCUCAGUAAUAAAAGUGGUCUGAGCUUGGACAUGAAA